ACUCUGUGGGCCGCAUUCAGGACCUUUUUGAUUGUUAUGAACAAGCUCUGGAACUUUUCCCCAAUGAUGAAGUGAUUCUAAACAGCAUGGGCGAACACCUGUUCAGGUAAGAGAUGAAAUUGUUCUUGACUGAGAGGAGAGUGGAGCUGGAGAUUGGCAGAUGGAUUGGUGCAGCAUCUGCAGUGAUGCGAACGCUGUGUCGGUUUUUUGUGGUGAAGCUGAGCAUAAAAGCGAUGCUGUCUAAGUUUCUGCCCUCACCUACGGCCAUGACCUGUGGGGUAGUCAUCAAAAGAAUGAGAUGGUGGAUACUGAUGGCAGAAAUGAGCUUCCUUCGAAGAGUGUCAGGGCUCUCCCUUAGAGACAAAGUGAGGAGCUCGGUCAGUUGGGAGGGGCUCAGAGCAGAGCUUCUACUUCUCCACAUCAAAAGGAGCCAGUUGAGGUGGUUCAGGAUGCCUUCUGGGCUAGAUGAGGUGAUUUGGGUGUGUCUUACCAGGAGGAGGCCUCAGGGCAGACCUAGGACAUACUAGAGAGAUAGAUUACAUCUCUCGGCUGGCUUGGGAACACUUUGGCGUCCCCCCUGAAAAGCUGGAGGUAGUGGUGGGGGAGAGGGCGUCUGGAUAUCUCUGCUUAGACUGCUGCCCCAUGACCUGGACCUGAAUAGAUGGCAGAAAAUGGAUGGAUGGAUGAUUUAAAAAAAAAAAUCACAAUGAAGUAUUGCCUUGCUUGAAGUAUCACAAUAAAUUAUAAAAUGUGUAUUUUUAAGCACUUGUGUUCCUUAGUUAUGUGGCAUUUUACAUUCUCUCAAUAAGUUCUAUUUUUAUCCUGUUUUUGACUGUAAUGUGGCUCUCCUUUUACUAUCCAGAAUGGGGUUCAGAGAUGAAGCUGCAGAUCAUUUUCACAAAGCUCUGAAGCUGAGAUCAGACUACCCAGAAGCCAGAGAGAACUUCUACCGUGUGGCCAACUGGCUGGUGGAGCGCUGGCAUUUCCUUAUGCUCAAUGACCACGGGAGAAACCAGAAGUACCAGCAAGCCAUUCAGAAGGCUGUUCAAAAGGGCUGCAACACUGUACUUGACAUAGGUACUGGCACUGGAAUCCUUGGCAUGUGUGCUAAGAAAGCAGGGGCUGCCGAGGUGUACGCCUGUGAUCUGUCAAAGACGAUGUAUGAACUGGCCUGUGAGGUGGUGAGCGCAAAUGGAAUGGAUGGCAGCAUCAGGAUCCUCCACAUGAAGUCCCUGGAGAUGGAAGUGCCAAAAGACAUACCUCACAGGGUCUCAUUGGUGGUGACAGAGACUGUAGAUGCAGGAUUGUUUGGAGAGGGCAUUAUAGAGAGUCUCAUUCAUGCUUGGCACCACCUCCUGCUACCUCCAAAGAGGGGUGAGAAUGAAUAUGGGGAACAGUCUGCCACAGGACGGGUCAUUCCCGCAGGAGCCACUGUCUUUGGUAUGGCGGUCGAGUGCGCUGAGAUCCGCCGGCAUCACAGGCUAUGUGUGACAGAAGUGGGCAGUCUCUCCAUGGCUGCAGCUGGAGAGCUCCACAGUCUAGUAAGCUGCAGCUCUGAGCCAGACGACUCCAUGGAGCCAUACACUACAGAAAGACUCAGCAGACUGCCAGGAGGAUAUAAACCUCUCACAGAGCCAUUCACAGCCCUCAACAUAGAUUUCAACAAUGUGCAGGAACUGGAAGGGCUGAGCUCCAGGGAGGUUCAAGAGAUGCGGCUGCCUGUCACUCAGCAGGGAGAGCUGGAUGCUUUGGCAGUGUGGUUCCAGCUCCAUCUGGAUGAGGAGAACAGUUUGUCUACCGGACCCCAGGAGGACACCUGCUGGGAACAAGCCAUCUAUCCCUUCCACAGUGCCAAGGGUUUUGUCCUGAAGCCACAGGAUGAGCUGAUUGUUGAAGUCUCCUGCCGAGACACCUACCUGAGGCUCUGCAGUGUUGCUGUGCUGAGAGACGGGCUUAAAAUCCAUUUCGACAGACAUGUUGAUUUGCAGUAUCCCAUUUCCAACCCAAACCCAGAGGCAGAACUGUGCAGUGCAUUAGCACUUCAGACUGAUCAGAGUCGAGCUAAAGACUUCUGCAUGCUGGAAUGUUCGGAAAUGGCGCUCCUGAACCAUCAUGAUUACCACCAGAGUUUUUGCACCGCGUUAGCCAAACUGAUCUCCCAGCUGAAGGUCAAGUGCCAAAACCAAGCGCGAGGGUCCGCUUUUCAGCCUGACCCUGCCGUCUCAACACGCUGCAGGAGCCCGUUUUAUGUGCUGGAUGUAUCGGAAGGCUUCUCCCUGCUCUCUCUCAUUGCUGCCAGCCAAGGUCAUGUGAAAGCCUUUAGCACUGUGGAAAAGAAGAAGCAACAGGAAGUGCUUAAGAGACUGGCUCACUCCAAUAAUAUCUCAGAGCAGCAUUUGGAGUUCUGGUUCAACAGCAUGGAGGAUGAGCAGGGGAUGCUGCAGAGGCCUUCCACGGAGAAGCUGUGGAGUGCCAUCAUCCUGGACUGCGUGGAAACCUGCGGCCUCAUACGGCAGAAGCUGAUGGAGAAAGCAUCACUGGCCAGAUCUCUGCUGGAGGAAGGAGGACGGAUUUUCCCGGGAAAGAUUGUGGUGUAUGGUAUGCUGGUAGAGUCUGAAACUUUGCUACUGGAAAGUGCUGUCCAGGGUCAGGAGCCUACACUUGGAUUCAAUAUUGCUCCUUUCAUCAACCAGUUCACUGUACCAGUCCAUGUGUUUCUGGACUUUUCCACACUGGCGUGCAGACGUCUCAGUGAGUCUGUGGAGCUGUUUGUUCUCGACCUUAUGGAAACCAACGCAAACUACACUAACAGAGAAGUCAAGGUCCAGGCUAUGUCUGCAGGCAGGAUAACUGCAAUUCCCUUCUGGUAUCACAUCUACCUGGACGAGGAGAUCAGCGUGAGCACCCUCGGCCAGACUUCUCACUGGAAGCAGGCAGCCGUUGUUCUGCAGCAGCCCCUGGAGGUACGAGCUGGGGACUGGGUCCGCCUCGCUGUGAAGCUCCACAAAAGCACCAUUUCCAUUUUGGCUCAUAUAGAAAGCACCCCCCAGCAAAUGGAGUAAUGCUCUCUCACAUUCUAGCUUAGUUUUAGUUUUAUUACAUUUCAGUUGACUGUUGCAUCAGUUGACUGAUAUUAAAGAUCAAUAUUGGUCUGAUGUAUCAGAAUCAGUGUACUUGUUGCCCGAUUGUCUUUUUUUUUGUUUUGUUUUUAAAGAAUGAUACUGCAGAAAAAGAUACUUGGGGUAAAUUAAAAAUGGUGUCAUCAUGAAGUUUCCCCAGCAGAGCAGUUCAGACCCCAUUGUUUACAAUACUCUCAGAGCUGUCUGCAGAAUAUGCCCUUCCUGGUAUUUUUAUUAAUGUCCUUUCUCUAGUGACAUUUUUCAUGUAAUACCAGUCUCAUGACAUUGGGAUCACUGUUUAGUAAUUGCCUGCAUGAAAAAUGCCUUGUUAUGAGUAGAAAGCCUGCUGUAUAUUUUGUUAAAGGAAGAUAGGUCAUUAAUGACUUGUACUUACAUUUCCAAGUAGAUAAUAAAUAUAUUAGCCCUUAAUUACUGACCCAGUUGUUUUUGUAAAAAUGUUUUAGUUUACCCAUAAAUGUUACACUUUCAUAAUAAACACAAGGAAAAAUAAAC